CCUGCUAUUGCUGGACUGGUUACUGUGGACUCUGUCACAUUUGCAAAUUUUGGGGACAAUCGUUGUGGUGGGAAAGAUAUUGUUAUCACGACAAAUCCCAAUAAUGUUGAUGCUAUGCACCCAGUUAGAACAAGCAACAUUGAACUUUUAAAUGUAGCUGAGAAAGGAAAAGCCUUUCUUGGCAGACCACUACUCAGUCAUAUUGAUCCUUCAAAUUGUGUUGACAUGGAAUGUGAUGCUAAAAAGAAGGCUAUACUGGACGAUCUUGAUGGUACAUUCCUUGGGAGUAUUGGAACAAUCAUACCAGAGUCAGAGUGGGCCUGGGAUGGAGAUCGGUCCAGAGGGAUUGGAGACUAUCGUAUACCAAAGGUAUACCUUACAGCCGCUGAUGGAACAAGGUUGUUUCCAGAAGAUCUUUGUCCUAACAAAGGUAUAAUUCGUGAUGCAUCCUGCGUGUUGAACAAUGAUUGGCAGGCAUACGAAUGUCAUGGUUUGGACUAUGAGAUGAUGGUCAUAGAAAGUCUGGAUAAGGACACAGAAAUGCGUCGUCUCUCACCCAUAUCUCUUGUAGGUGACAAAUAUGUUGACCUAAUCAAUGGGCCAGAAGACCA